GCAGGGGAAGACGGAGCCUGGCCCAGCCGAGCCGCCGGAUGGAGCCCGAGCUGGAGCCCCGCGCGGGCCGCCUCUUCAGCCCAGCUGAGCUGCUGGCAACUCGGACGCGUGACCGCAAGGUUCCUCAGCACUCACACGGACAGAAGGACUUCAUCCCUGAUAGCUCGGAAGAGCAGGCAGAGAGGCUGCACCGGUGUCGGGAGGAGCACUGGCAGCUCCUGGCAGAGGAGCGCGUGGAGAGGCUGGGAAGUUUGGUGAGAGCUGAAUGGAAGCCACGAGAGGGCAUCGUGGAGCUGAAAUCCCCUGCGGGGAAGUUCUGGCACACUAUGGGGUUCACAGAGCAUGGCAAACAGUGCCUGCUGCCAGAGGAAGCCCUCUAUCUACUGGAAUGCGGCUCUAUUCAGCUCUUUUACAGGGACCUGCCCUUGUCCAUACAAGAAGCCUAUGAGACCCUGCUGUCCCAAGGGACAGUGAGCCUGCUACAGUACCAGGUGUUCAGCCACUUGAAGAGACUGGGUUACAUUGUGCUGAGAUUCUGCCCCAGUGCUGUCCCAUCUCAAUACGAGAGGCAGCUGAACCUGGACAGUUAUUGCAAGAGCUCUGGAAAACGCCAUCACAAAAGGAAGAGGAGCUCCAGCCCCUGGUUACAAGACAAGAAACCGAAGGCAUCUGGGAAUCUUCCAGAAGGUGAAGGGACCACAGAAAAGGCCAGUGGCAGCUGUGGCGGUCCCAGUCACCCAGCCUCUGGGGGGAGCUGUUUGUCAGAGAAGUCAAAAGAGUCCGAUCCUGCCAGUGGAGAGGGGGAGUCAGCCCAAGUGCCCACUGAUGCAGUACAACUCAGCAAGCCCCCCAGUCGCUCACAAGCUCAGGCUGGAGACUAUGGAAAGGCUGCUGGGGACAGCUGCAGUGGCACCCACUUGCCCCGCUGGGACUUCACCAGAAUCGCCUUCCCCAACAUGGCUUCUGACUGCCCACACACCUUCCUGCCACAGCCUGACGAAAGACUGCUCCCAGAGAACGUAGCUGGGCGGGAGGCCAACGCCACCCGCUGGCGCAAGCUGGUCAACCAGAAGCGUGAGAAGUUGACACGGAAGGAGCGGGAGCAGCGGGAGAGGGAGAGCAGAUACAAGAGCAGUGUCAAUGCGGACAGGGAGGUGAGGCGCUGCUCCAACUGGCAGGAAUACAAGGAGCUUCUGAAGCAGAGGAGACAGCGGAGGGCAGGGAGGCGGCCUUCGCAUCUGUGGGACCAGCCUGUCACCCCACUGGUGAAGCCGGAUCAAGUGGCCUCAGCAGCUGCUGUCCUCCAGCAGAUCAGUGUGCUGCAGCCUUCCCACAUCCUGGAUGGAGCCUCCCGGCUGCAGGAGGAUACGGAGGGCAUGAAGAUAGACUUCAGUGUGUAUCAAGCAGAUGCAGUUGCCAACUUCAAGAAGAACAACCCUGGGAAGCCGUAUGCCAGGAUGUGUGUGCGGAGAUUUGACGAGCAGAUCCCAUCCCUGCGGGCAGUGAAGCAGCUUGCCUUUCAGAGUGAGGAUGUCCCAGUGGUCUUUGCACUGGUGGACAAUGGAGACAUUGCUUUUUACUCUUUCAAGGAGUUCAAGCUGCCUGUUGAUAUUUAUAACUGAAGUUACCAUCCCUUGGAGAAAUGGCUUUGGGGCAAAGGGUGAGGGACUUUACUCAAGACUUAAUUUCCUGAUUCAUGGACUAUUAUAUCAAAUAGAAUCUCUGAUAACCAGUCUGCAUGCAGGAGGGAUAACCAUCUUAUCCACUGCUCCAGGCCUCAGCCAGCUAGGAACUAGCUCAUUUGUAAAAGCAAGAUACACUUCAAACAAACAAGCAUGAUGUUCUAUGCUUUAGCUGGAGCGUGCACUGCUUUGUUCUUUAAGCCACUGGUUCUCCAGCUCUUAUCGUCCUAUGGACCACUUCCCCAUGACAUUUUCUCAGUCCUUGUGGGCCUUUAGAACAAACUUCACUGGAGAUUCACACAUGGUAUUCUGAGAACCACUGGGCUAGGCCAGUCUGAAUACAACAUAUGAAUGGUUUAAGAACCACUGCUGUCGAUCAAUCAGACUCAUAAGCUAACCAGGUCAGUCAAUGGUAUAGCAAGCCUCUGUUACUCUACUGCACCAGCACCCAUCUAAUAAAAUCCUUAGCAAGGAAAUUGGUGUGAUAGAAAUAAAGGCAAGGCAACAGAAGUCUGCUACAGAAAUGAUGAUGCUGGCUUUGCCUUGGUAUUUGUAUGCCAGCAGGAGAUCGUAGUCCUGGGCGAAUGCUCCUUGCCAGUGAUCCUCAACCUUAUAGAGCUGCUUUGUAAGCCAGUGGAGUCACAGAGAGCCAUGAAGUCACUCCAGAGGAACAUGCUAACUUUGAGUUAUGGUGUUUAUGUUGAGAUGUGUCAUUGCAACACGGCGUCAUCCCCUAUUAAAACUACAGCACACAGCGCCAAGACAUCUCACCAUCGCAAUAGUGUGACCCCCUGUUUCCAUUUGACGCCCUUUCUCCUGGAUGCAGGUACAUGUUUCUCACUCUCUCUUGCAAGUGAGAGGAGCUCUGAUUAAACUUGCAAAUUCCCCAUGAGCUGAACCUGGUAGUUCUGUGGGUCUAGUGUGCCAGGUUGGGGAUCACUGUCCUAUACCAUUGACGGUAGCACCCAAUUGAUUUCCAACUGUCGUCAGCAUGGGAACCCUCCCCCUGAAUCUCCUGAUACCAAACUUUCUUUAACUUCUAUGCAAAAAUGCCAAUGUGACUAGUGCCAGAAAGUCUUGGUCUGUGGCUAAAAAGGGACUCCUAACACUAUUGUGCUCAGGGUGCAGCUUUCUUAAGAAAUGUUACAGCAAAUGUUUUAGAUGCAUUUUAUUUGAUACAGAAUGUUUGGGUGGGGUUUUUUUGGGUUGAAGGCUAAAGCAAUAAAAAAGCCUUUUCCAACAA